AGUUCUCCGGGAUGACCCACCGUGGCAGCGUCAGGCAGAGCUACGGAGGCGUGGCCAGGAACCUUGCGGACGCCCUCGCCCGCCUUCACUGCCGCCCGUUACUCAUCUCGGCCGUUGGGAACGACGCCCACGCCCACGCUCUCAUCGCCCACAAUCCCUUACUGGAGAAGCGGGGCCUGGCGAUGGUGUCGGAGGCGUCGACGGCGGUGUACUGUGUAGUGCUGGACCGUCGAGGCGAGGCGCUCUUUGGUGUUGGAGACAUGACCGUCCACGACCACAUCACGCCCACCCAUGUGCGUCAAUUUGAAGAUGAGAUCAGUACAUCUCCACUGGUUGUGAUGGAUGGUAAUCUGCCUCAGUGCACUAUCAACUAUAUCCUUGAUCUCUGUGCCUCUUGCCAUGUCCCAGUGUGGUACGAACCGACGGACAUCCAGAAGGCGACGAAGCCGUGGCGGGAAGGGAGGGGGCGAGCCGUCACCUUCUCCUCCCCUAACCUCAAUGAACUUCGCGCGCUGUGUUCAUACCUUGGUCUCGGAGGGGUGGGAGAGGUGCCUGCGAGCAGCGAGGACCUCCACGGGAUGCUCCAGCAGGUCCUGGCCACCGCCGCCCCGCUCCUGGAGACAAUGCACGGCCUCAUAGUCACUCUGGGAGCCAAUGGGUUUAUGGUUUUGCGGCAGGCGUGUCACGGCAUCGAAGACCCCUUACUGCCAGUGCCCGCACGAGGACUCCACCCGUGUACAACACUGGAGGCUCCAGAGGUUGUGGGCCUGCACUUCCCCGCCCCACAACCCGCCCAGAUAGUCUCCGUGUCUGGAGCGGGCGACUGUUUGGCGGGAGGAUUCAUCUGCGGGAUGCUGGGAGGGAUGAGUAUGAGUGAGUGCGGGGCGGUGAGUGUGGCAGCUGCCUCACUCUCUCUCACCGCCUCUCCCGCCGUCCCCACCACACUCUCCCCUGAGGCUCUCCCCUGGGGCACCCGCCAACCCUUCACCCUUGUAACUCAUGACUAGCAACGCUGUAACUGUUGACUAGCAACGCUGUAACUGUUGACUAGCAACGCUGUAACUGUUGACUAGCAACGCUGUAACUGUUGACUAGCAACGCUGUAACUGUUGACUAGCAACGCUGUAACUGUUGACUAGCAACGCUGUAACUGUUGACUAGCAACGCUGUAACUGUUGACUAGCAACGCUGUAACUCAUGACUAGCAACGCUGUAACUGUUGACUAGCAACACUGUAACUGUUGACUAGCAAUGUUGUAACUGUUGACUAGCAACGUUGUAACUGUUGACUAGCAACACUGUAACUGUUGACUAGCAAUGUUGUAACUGUUGACUAGCAACACUGUAACUGUUGACUAGCAACACUGUAACUGUUGACUAGCAACACUGUAACUGUUGACUAGCAACGUUGUAACUGUUGACUAGCAACACUGUAACUGUUGACUAGCAACGCUGUAACUGUUGACUAGCAACGUUGUAACUCAUGGCUAGCAACGUUGUAGCCCACGAAUGACGACACUGUAGCCCACGGAUGACGACACUGUAGCCCACGGAUGACGACACUGUAGCCCACGGAUGACGACACUGUAGCCCACGAAUGACGACACUGUAGCCCACGAAUGACGACACUGUAGCCCACGAAUGACGACACUGUAGCCCACGGAUGACGACACUGUAGCCCACGGAUGACGACACUGUAGCCCACGAAUGACGACACUGUAGCCCACGGAUGACGACACUGUAGCCCACGAAUGACGACACUGUAGCCCACGAAUGACGACACUGUAGCUCACGAAUGACGACACUGUAGCUCACGAAUGACGACACUGUAGCCCUCGAAUGACGACACUGUAGCUCACGAAUGACGACACUGUAGCCCACGGAUGACGACACUGUAGCCCACGAAUGACGACACUGUAGCCCACGAAUGACGACACUGUAGCCCACGAAUGACGACACUGUAGCCCACGGAUGACGACACUGUAGCCCACGAAUGACGACACUGUAGCCCACGAAUGACGACACUGUAGCCCACGAAUGACGACACUGUAGCUCACGAAUGACGACACUGUACAAUGUAAAAUGAUUACAGAGUUUCAGAUAAAGUGUCAAGUGUGUGUCGGAGCUGAGGACUCUUGAAUGGUCACAGUUCAGCACUUUGCAUUACAGUGUCUGAAUUGGUCUUGAGAUCAGUCUUGAAGGAUAAAUUUGUAAUCUGUAAUUGAUCAUGUCUUCUAUUGCUAAAUUGAGUUAUGUUAUCAUGUAUUUAAUAAGCAAGAUUUAGGUGAUCUUUUGACCAUAUGUUAGAUUAAUUAGGUUCGUAUUCUUGUGUUUGUGUAUUGCAGUAGUUGUAUUAAUUUCUUGAAACUGUAUGAGAUAUAAUUUUCUUGUACAAAAUAUAUAUAAAUUGUGACGUUAGCGUAUGGAACGUUUAAUAUUCGCUGGGUUUGGCCUAUUUUAUAUGUAACUAUCGUAUUUUGUAUUCGACCAAUGUGCGGCAAAUAUAGUUCACUUUGUAGUAAUUUUUAUGUCUCAUUAGGUUCUUAGAAGUCAUGGCUAUUACUGUGUUGAGAGUGUAUUGACCCGACAGUCUGUUAUUAGUGACCGAAAUUGGUAUGGGGGUUUCCAGUUAUAUUAUAAAAUUAAGUUUUUUCCUGGCAACUUGGGUAGACAAACUGUUCCAUAGGUAUGUGAUUAUGGAAGAAUUAGUUUGUGUUGUUUGGUGUGGCCGCAUGUGUCACGACCCUGGACCCAAGAUUGCACUCUGGCAAAGGGACCCAGGAGCGUAUUGCAUUACUUUACGAAAGCCGGACAGGCUUUUCCCGAGGCUCCUCUUUAUUUGGUGCUCCCUUCUUUACAGUUAAUAGGAAGGAUGGGGUAAUCGGAUCACUCGCUGUCGGGACCCCCCCCCUAGACGCCUCGUUGUCAAGGUGGUCGCGAGAAAAGUCAGGUAGGAAGCUGUUAGCGUGUUGAUGAACAAUCGACUUGGUAUUGGGGACCCACAUGGCGGGAUCCCAAAGCUGUUUAUGUAUUCGCGAAUAAAUGCUGAAUUGAUUACCGGACCCGGUGCUCAUUUUGGAUGAGUUUAACUAUAAAGAUGCCCUCUGAAGCGAUAUUCUUACCAAUACCCUGAAUGGUUGUCUUUUAGAAUCUUUUCUUCUCUCUUCAAACUUGUGUCUCCCAAAUUCAGGCGAGCCAACUCAUGUCGACUCGCACAGUUGCACUCUUUUUCUGUGUUGAUCUUUCUCUCUGCUCCUCUUUCAAAGACACCUGACAUGGUGCCUUUGACGUCCACCAUAACAGUGAUCAUUUUCAUAUCCUCAAACCUCUCUUUACUUACCUUCUCUCUUUUUCCCCAGUGGAGACUUGUUAAGGCAGACAGAAAUUUUUUUCUGCUCUGCUGGGGACCACUGGAUGGAUUUUUGCGUUUUAGGUGGAGCCCAAGUAUUUGCAUUGCUGCCCAAAGUUCUCUGUGUGGGGUAAUGACCGGUACCUACCUUCCUGAGGGACUCCUGGGGCUCCCCAAUCAUCUGCCCAUCAGUGUGUUCAUUCGCUGCAAGGCGCAUUUGUUUCCGCCAUCACGCGACAUUCAUUUAGCCAUUAGGCUUUGCGAUUUACCGUUUAAGGGUACACCCGGGAGCAUCCCAUCCCUCGUCGUCGCCCCUAAACCACCUUAGGCAGCAACAAUUGAGGUGGCCUUGACGUCAUUGCGGUGGACGCCAAGAAAACCCACAAGUUGCCUUUGUUAUUAAAUUACGUAUAUCACAUUUCCAGUAGGUUUUAUGAGUGCCUUCUAAAAUGUUAAUGUAUUUUGUAAUUAUGUUAGGAGGCAUAACCAGCCAUUAAUUAAAGCAAUAAAAAUAGUCACAUGUACUAAAAGACGCCAUUUUGAGAUCUAGAAAUGAAUCCUAGAACGGUAUAUUUAUCAUUCUGGUAUUCAUAUAUAUUUGCUCGGAUGUCAUAUCUUAAUGGAUGUAUAAUGUGUUAUUGAUGCAAUUAUUAGUAUGUUUUCGAUUUGUUUUAAUUCUCAAUGUGGAUUAGUACAAUAAGCUCUUGCCAAUGA